CGAGAACAGAAAAAAACCCGGGUAGAUGUGUGAAUAAAUUCGAGAGAAAUUCAGACUUGAUUGUUUUUUUAACUGUUGCGUUUCGGUUAAGAAAAAAGGGCCAAAAAGUGGAUAAAGGAGUUUCAAAAAACUUUUUUUUUCCUUUAGUGAUUUUGUCCGGUGGCGCGAUCUGGUCUCCACAGGGGCCGCUCCGAACGUAUUUUGUUCAUUCUCACGGCUGAGAGCACGAGGUCUACCGGCAGUACAACUUAACGUAAAAAAAGUUUCAUUAAUAUUUGAUUUUUUUUGUUCUUUUCUUGGUUUUCGGUCCGUUAGAAUUGUGAAGAGAGAAAGAGGAUCUUUUGUUCCGACAGUGAAAAAACCAAAAAAGAUGUUCCGUAUGUUGAGAGCAACACACCACCUCGCAAGGCGUAGCUAUGCCAAGGAUGUCCGUUUCGGUCCUGAAGUGCGAGCACUCAUGCUCCAAGGCGUCGACAUCCUAGCCGAUGCUGUUGCUGUAACGAUGGGUCCCAAAGGACGCAACGUCAUACUCGAACAGUCUUGGGGCUCGCCCAAGAUAACAAAGGACGGUGUGACGGUUGCAAAGGGCGUCGAGCUCAAGGACAAAUUCCAGAACAUUGGCGCCAAGCUUGUACAGGAUGUUGCCAACAAUACGAACGAGGAGGCAGGCGAUGGUACAACGACUGCCACCGUACUUGCCCGCGCCCUUGCAAAAGAAGGCUUUGAAAAGAUCAGCAAAGGCGCCAAUCCAAUCGAAAUCAGAAGAGGUGUCAUGUUGGCGGUGGAUUCGAUCAAGGAUCAUCUCAAAACCCUUUCAAAGCCGGUCACAACGCCUGAGGAGAUAGCACAGGUUGCAACUAUCUCAGCUAAUGGCGAUAAGGCUAUCGGCGAACUGAUAUCAGAUGCGAUGAAAAAGGUUGGAAAGGAAGGUGUUAUCACCGUUAAAGACGGUAAAACACUACAUGAUGAGCUUGAAGUCAUCGAAGGUAUGAAGUUUGACAGAGGAUACAUUUCGCCAUACUUCAUCAACUCGUCGAAAGGUGCUAGGGUUGAGUUUCAAGACUGCCUUUUGUUGCUUUCUGAGAAAAAGAUCAGCUCUGUACAGUCUAUUAUCCCUGCUUUGGAGCUUGCCAACUCGAAGAGGAAACCGCUCGUGAUCAUUGCCGAAGAUGUUGACGGUGAAGCACUCUCAACACUCGUCGUCAACAGGCUCAAGAUCGGCCUCCAGGUCGCCGCCGUCAAAGCGCCCGGUUUCGGCGACAACAGGAAAGCCACCCUCCAGGAUAUCGCCAUUGCCACCGGCGGCCUGGUAUUCGGCGAUGAAGGCACUAUGGUGAAACUUGAAGAUGUCCAGUUUUCCGAUCUUGGCACAGUGGGUGAAAUCGUCAUAACAAAGGACGACACACUCAUACUCAAGGGCAAGGGGAAAAAGGAGGACAUCGACCGCCGUUCAGAGCAGCUGCGCAGCCAGAUCGCAGACACGACAAGCGAGUAUGAGAAAGAGAAACUACAAGAGCGUCUGGCACGAUUGUCUGCGGGUGUGGCUUUGCUCAAAGUUGGUGGGUCGAGCGAAGUAGAGGUCAACGAGAAAAAAGACAGGGUCAAUGAUGCCCUCAAUGCAACACGUGCUGCUGUUGAAGAAGGAAUUGUACCUGGUGGCGGAACCGCACUCCUCAGGUGCAUCCAGAAACUUGAAUCUCUACCAACUGCCAACAAAGACCAAAAAACCGGAGUCGAUAUCGUCGCGAAGGCUUUGAGAACACCGUGCAUGACAAUCGCUAGCAACGCAGGUGUUGAUGCAGCUGUAGUCGUGAGCAAGGUUCUCGAAGCAUCUGGUGACAUGGGCUAUGAUGCUUUAAACAAUGAAUAUGUCAACAUGAUUGAGCGAGGGAUUAUCGACCCAACGAAGGUGGUAAGGACGGCACUCACAGAUGCAGCCGGAGUCGCUUCCCUCCUCACGACGGCCGAGGCGGUUGUCGCGGACAUACCGCAGAAGGAGCCAGCUAUGCCCGGCGGUAUGGGUGGCAUGGGCGGUAUGGGAGGAAUGGGAGGUAUGGGUGGCAUGGGAGGAAUGAUGUGAACGCCUAAACCGUUUUGGUGCAUAGACGAUUUUGUAAGGAAAACACAAAGCAAAAAAAAAUAAUAAUAAGGAUGCGACAUUUAGAAAGACCGUAACUUUCUUGGUAAAAAAACAAUUAUAUUAAAAAUAACGGUCUUAAAAAUAAAUAAAAAUCCCUUUAUAUUUUUCAUAAUUAAAAAUUAGAAGAAAAAUGAAAAAAAAGUUAAUUAGUGCCUAAGUUUUGUCUUUAAACUUUUUUUUAAAUACAUUAAACAUCAUAACAAAGAUUUUGUUUUCUUUGUGAAAGGAAAAAACAUUGUUAGUGCAUUUAGUCGUGCGUUAUGUCGCCGAGAAACCACCCGGUAACUUGUUAGUCAUUAGAUAAUUCGUUAGAUUUUUUUUUUUAUAUUUAUAUUUUAUAAUAAACAGAACUGAAUGUACAAA